GUCAGUGGUUUAUUGACAACAUGGCCACCGAGCUGGGUUCGGAUUUGUAGAAAAUUUGGAUUUGACAGCACCGUUCGGGAGGGGGAUACUGUUCUAAGGGUUAUUUUCCCUCCUGCACGGGACCGAACAACCCAGAUGCAUUUAAAUGAAGGGAGCCGCGAGUCCGAGAGCCGGUGAUAGCGAGCAGAGGGAACAUCCAGGCAGAGUGUGAAACUCGUCAUGUCGUUUUUUAAACGGAAAGCCAAAAGCAAGGAACCUGUGAAAGUAACAGAUGCUCGAGUCAAUAAAGCUCCAGUCAACGCUCACUCCCCAUCACACGCACUGAGGAACCACAAUGCCAUCCAGGAAGCUGCCGGGCCGAGCCACGUGGCCAUCAACGCCAUAUCGGCCAACAUGGACUCGUUCGCCCGCGGACGCACCGCCAUCCUCAAGAAACAGCCGAGCCACAUGGAGGCUGCACACUUUGGAGACCUUGGUCACUCCAGUGUGAACUAUCAGCCCCAGGAGACUCGCUCUCGGCUGUCCAAGACGGUAGACCAGGUUCUACGAGACAAUGUAGCGAUGCCCCACUACACUCACUUCAUGGAACAACGGGGCGCAGACCACCUGGUUCGCUUCUGGCUCGAGGCCGAGAGUUUCCGCUCUACCAGCUGGUCACGAGUCCGAGCGCAAAGCCUCAACUCCGUCAAGCACAGCUCGUUGGCCGAGCCGGUCGCCGUCUCUCCUGACGGCCCAGAGCUCAUUCAGCACGUAGCCAACGACCUCGCUCGCAACAAUAUCGGCGGAGGGUCUUCUUUGGUGCCUGACCYUCGGGAUUCCUCCAGCUCAGAGUCAGACCUGAGACCCAACACGUCCCGAUCAGAGACCCCCAUCAGGAGGACACCUUCCAGGACAGGGACACCAUCCAAGGGGCAGCCAAACAGGACUCUAAGAGAUCUCUCUGACCAACUCAUGAAAAAUAUAGAAAAGGAUGCUGUAAACAUUUUUACCAAGUACAUCUCUCCAGACGCCGUGAGGCCGAUCCCCAUCACAGAACAGAUCAGAAAUGACAUCAUUGCUAAAAUAUGUGGUGAAGAUGGCAUGGUGGACCCAAACUGCUUUGUCAUUGCACAGUCGGUGGUCUUUGACAUAUUGGAGGAAGAGCACUUUAGUGAAUUCCUGCGGAGCCAUCAUUUCUGUAAAUACCAGAUUGAAGUGUUGACGAGUGGCUCCGUGUUCCUGGCUGACAUCUUGUUCUGUGAGUCAGCUCUCUUCUACUUCUCGGAGUACAUGGAGAAAGAAGAAGCAAUGAAUGUACUGCAGUUCUGGUUGGCAGCAGAUAACUUCCAGAACCAGCUAGCAGCUAAAAAGGGCCAGUAUGAUGGCCAGGAGGCUCAAAACGAUGCCAUGAUUCUUUAUGACAAGUAUUUCUCGCUCCAGGCUACAAACCCUCUAGGCUUUGGCGACUCUGUGCGGAUGGAGAUAGAGUCCAAUAUUUGCAGGGAGGGUGGGCCUCUCCCCGAAUGUUUCACCACUCCACUCAGACAGGCCUGGACAACCAUGGAGAAGGUGUACCUGCCCGGCUUCCUGUCGAGCAACCUUUACUACAAAUACCUGAGUGACCUCAUCAAUUCGGUGCGGGCCGAUGAGUUUGUGAAUGUCAGCUCUCAAGGUCAGGGCGGCCCCGCGGACAACGACCGCUCGGGUUCAAACAGCAGCGAGGUCUCUCAGAAUCAGCAAGGUGCCAAAAAAGCCGUGAUCAAGAUUCUGAAAAACUUUGACGAGGUGAUCACCGUAGAUAUUUCCAGUUUGGACCCCGAGACGUUGUACCAGCGGCCAUAUGCAGGCAAGAUGACUUUUGGGAAGGUGAAUGAGUUGGGCCAGUUCAUCAGAGAGGCUGAACCAGAACCUGAUGUGAAGAAGUCCAAAGAACUUUUGGUACCAUGUACCUCUAAUGUUUUCUGACAUGUACGUGUUCUUGAUCUAUAAUAUAUUUAAAAAUGUGUUUGAUUUAAAAACAGUUAUUACAAAAUGCUGUGUUUCUUCAUUUUCAUUUUAUCUGGGAUGCUCCACCUGUAUUUGUGCUCUACAGUUACAGUUUUCAUUUAAUGCAGUCUGUAGUGUUUUUGAUACAAAAUACAUUGUGUUUAAAUUAAAUAUGUUUUUACAUAAUGGUAAAAAUAGAAGAAAUGAAGAACCCUGGGCCAACUGAGGAAGAUMGGUUGUUAUUAUUAUAACCACGAGGGGGCAGUGUUGAUUAUGUUGCUACACCAGAAAAAAAAAGUAUUGAUAAAAGCAUACUUCUCAAAUUUUACCUUAUUGUUUUACCUACUGUUUUACCAGGCCUAGAAAAAUUCAUGAUUUGCAAAAUUCAUACCAAAGUACAGCUUUAAUACAGCUUAUUCUAUUUUUCCUAAGUGUUUUCUCCAAGUAUAUGGGUUUCAUUUUAGUUUAAUAAAGAUGUGUACGUUUUCUUGAGGAUGGAAUUACAAAAUGCUUCACAGGAGUGGAUAUAUUAAGUUUAUUCUUAGUGCUACUUUUAACAUGAUGCCAUUGAACGCAUCAGUUACCUCCACGUGCAGCGGUGACGCCCACAUUUGUUCAGUAACUACUCUUAUGCAUUUGUUUAUUGCUAAUWUUCACCGGAAAUGCUAUGGAAUUAAAUUUUUUUUGUUUGUGUAGUA